AAAAGGCAGACGUUGGUGAAAUGGCUUUCCCAUGAUCUUGCCCGUCUGAACUGCCUUCCUCAUUACUGGUCACAUGGUUUUGACAUGACAUCACAUGACAAGAAGAAUCAGGUGAAAGAAACAUUGUACAAAAUGUGGAAAUAAUGGCGUCUACUAAGAGGCGCAACUGCACUAUUGUGUUACGCUGUUUUCAUUUGCAUCAGCGUUUCCUUUUCUAAAUGUUAAUUAAUUUAGAAACACCAGCUGGGUAGCAGUCUUCAGGUUUAUACACAAGAUGGAGCUAAAGCACCGAGGAGCGCCGUUUAGCGCAGAAGAAGAAGAAGAAGAAGAAGAGGAGGCAGAAGCCAGUCCGCCAUGCUUACCCUGCUACACCACUGUGGUCGCAACGUACUGACAUUCAGGACAGUUCAGACAGUAAAUAAAAGUUACUACACAACACAGAUGGGUAAGCGCGUGGCUGUGGUGUUGGCGGGCUGCGGAGUUUAUGAUGGCAGCGAGAUCCACGAGGCCUCCGCUGUCUUGGUCCACCUGAGCAGAGGAGGUGCUAGUGUAAACAUGUUUGCCCCCAACAUUGACCAGAUGCAUGUGGUGAAUCACCUGAAAGGCGAGCCUUCUGAGGAGAAGAGAAACGUGUUGGUGGAGAGCGCGAGACUGGCCCGUGGAAACAUCCAGGACCUGUCUAAACUCAGUGUCAAAGACCAUGACGCUAUUAUAUUCCCAGGUGGUUUUGGGGCAGCGAAGAACCUCUGUACAUGGGCAGUACAGGGAAAGGACUGCUCCGUUAAUGACGAGGUUAAGGCCACGCUGCAGGCGUUCCACGGCGAGGGUAAACCCAUUGGCCUCUGCUGCAUCUCACCUGUUCUGGCCGCCAAGGUAUUUCCUGGCUGUGAGGUCACCGUCGGCCUCGAGAAGGAUGACAAGUACCCCGACACUACUGACACUGCAGCGGCCAUCAACCAGUUGGGCUGCAAGCACGUGAGUAAGAGUGUCAGCGAGAGCCACGUGGACGAGAAGAACAAGCUGGUCACCACUUCUGCUUUCAUGUGCAAUGCUCCAAUACACGAGAUAUUUGAUGGAAUCGGAUCGAUGGUGCAGGACGUGCUGAAACUUGCUUGAUUCCACUAAUACUCAAAAGAUGGUGGAAACAGAAAGAAAAGCAUGGGGGUGGGGCAAAUAGAAGCUGCCUGCUGAACUGAGACAAUUAUAGAAGGAUGUUACAGUAACUCCUUGAUCAAAAGCACUUCCAGAUUCUCUUAAAAUAUGCAUGUAUUUGUAGUAGUAAUGUACAAUACCUGGUCUAAUUUAUUUAAAAAAAUAUCUCUGUUUGACUCAAUCUUACUGGAUAAUAUUCUGCUGCAGUGGAUCAGUCUCAUGAUGGCAAUGUUGAUAGAAAAUCAACAGCAGGUGUGGUAUUGUACAAAAAAAUGCAAUAAAAUGAAAAAGUUCA